GUCAUUUUGGCGCCGAAUAUUUCUAAGUAUUUUCUCAUCCUGCAGCGCGGGAGUUUGUGUUUCUCUGUGUGUGGAUGUUGGACCCCGAGUUUGCUGUAAUUGAACCAUUAAUCUUAAUUUAGUAUCUAAAUCAGGUGAAGUAAGAGUUUGAAGACAACAUGCAGCGUAGCAUCGCAUCCUUCUUUCAGCCCAAGGACAAGGAUAUCCAGAAGAAAACCAAAGAUGAAACAGUGAAAAAACCGGUCAAAAGCCCUCUCAAGGUGCAGAACGGUGUCCGGGAAGCGGAUUCGCCCAUCAAGAAGGUCGUCAAACGCAGCCGUCAGAUCCUGGACAGCGACGAUGACGAGGCUCCAGUCGUCAAAGAGCAAGUCUCUACCGAGGGCCACGCGGACAAAGAGGCUCUUGGGAAAACAGAAAAGAAGGAUGAUGUCUUUAAGGCAGUUCCCACCCCCCUGUCUCCCCCACCUGCCCCAGCCACUCCUGUGACCCCCGCCACCCCGGCCCCUUCGACUUCACCUGGGACCCCCGGCACCCCGAACUCCACCUCCCCCUCUGAAGUCGUUAAACGCAAGACUGCGAGGAAGAUGUUCCCCAAGAGGAAGCUUGACGAGAGCAGGAGCGGCAGUGAGAGUCAGAAAGACGAGGCCGAGGCCAAGGAGGAGCAGGGUCAGCGAAACAAACGACCCCGUGUGGAGGGCAGCACCACCAGCGCAGAGGACACCGAUGAACCCAUGGAGGAGGGAGCAAAGGAAGAAAGGGUUGACAAGGUUGUGACCGAGGCUAACGGCUCUGAUGUGGAGGAGAAGAAGGAGGAAGAGGAGGAGGAGGAGGAGCGGGCCAAGAGAAAGAGCUCUGAUGAGAAAGAAAAGAAAGCUGAGGGGGCGGAAAAGAAAAAUGAAGCAAAGGAGAAGAUGGAUGAUGAGAAAGGGCCUGCCGUUGCCAAGAACAAGAAGAAGAACAACAACAACAAGAAGAAGAAGAAGAAGGAGGAGGAGGUGGUUGAAAAGGACACACGAGAGGGAGACGAGAGCCCAGAGAGUCAAACAGUGAGGAAGCAGAAAGAAGCAAAAGAGCAGAAAGAUAAGGAGCCACCCAAGAAAUCCCCCAUCAGCAGUUUCUUUGCUCCAAGGAAGGCUACAGUGAAGAUGGAGAGGAAGACGAGUCCAGAGAGGAAGACGAGUCCAGAGAGGAAGACGAGUCCAGAGAGGAAGACGAGUCCAGAGAGGAAGACUUCAGCGGAGGAGAGCAAAGACGCUAAAGGUGAGUCGACCUCGGCACAAACGGGCUACAAUCCGUCCAGGCCCAACUACCAUCCCGUGGACCACGCCUGUUGGGAACGAGGCCAAAAGGUGCCGUACUUGGCGGUGGCUCGCACCUUUGAGAAGAUUGAAGAGGACUCUGGCAGGCUGAGAAACAUCGAGACGCUGUCGAACCUGCUUCGCUCCGUGCUGCUGCUCUCUCCAGACGACCUGUUGUGCUGUGUGUACCUGUGUUUGAACCAGCUGGGUCCUGCCUACCUGGGGAUGGAGCUCGGUGUUGGAGAGACUGUGCUUAUGAAAGCCGUUGCUCAAGCAACUGGGCGACAAUUGGACAAAAUCAAGGCGGACGCUCAGGAGAAAGGGGAUCUGGGCCUUGUGGCCGAGAGUUCCCGUAGCAACCAGCGCACGAUGUUCCAGCCGGCCAGUCUGACAGCAGGGGGCGUGUUCAGGAAAUUGAAGGAAAUCGGCAGCAUGAGUGGGAACUCGGCCAUGAAUAAGAAAAUCGACAUCAUCAAAGGCCUCUUUGUGGCAUGCCGCUUUUCGGAGGCCCGCUACAUAGUCAGGUCUCUGGCUGGGAAGCUGAGGAUUGGCCUGGCUGAGCAGAGUGUCCUAUCGGCACUAAGCCAGGCUGUGUGCCUGACCCCCCCUGGACAAGGCUUCCCUCCCGCUGUGAUAGACGCAGGCAAGGGGAUGAGCGCCGAGAGCAGGCGGGCGUGGAUCGAAGCGAAGAGUCUGAUUCUCAAACAGACUUACUGCGAGAUGCCCAAUUACGACGUCCUCAUCCCCGUUCUGCUCAAAGAAGGUAUCGACGAGCUGCCCAAUCACUGCAAGCUCACGCCGGGUAAGCGACCAAUCAGGAGGCAGAAAGGCUAUAGGACUCAAAACAGUGACUGA